GAGAGAUGAAAGGUAUUCACGGUUCAAUCUCGAUCUUAGGUCUGGUGCUGUGGUACACAGAGUAAUCAGCUAUGCUGAUUGGUAGUUUGCUUUCUGCCGCUCUGCUGGCAACACGGAUACCGCCUCCGCCGCUGCCGCUAUAGUUCCUUGCUCGCAUCGCUCACGUCCAUGAUAAUUCAUCGCUCGAAUGAAAUGUCUCGCUCAUAGAACCUCUUCACUGAUAUCAUUCGAUAUCAUGGUUCCUCGUGGUUCUUCACCUAUCAUGCAACACUAGAUGUACCCCAAUGUGCACCGUCAAGAAAAGAAUUUGGCACCUCUUUCUCUCCCACACAAUCCCGAUCUAGACUCCCUCUACUCCGGUUUAUAUCUACAGAAUAGAACCGUUGAUAAACCAAGAUUGCGUGGUUUGUAUGUUUUCCCCUCAUGGUCCAUAAAGCAAUGAAGACGGCUUGGACAGAUGACUUGGAUUAUACGGAGCAGGUGAUUAAGCUACCCGUCAUCGUAGUGUACAUAUAUGUUCUCAGGUUGGGAGGCCUCCGUAAUGUAGGGAUUUUCCUACUCCUUCCAGAACGACUUAUCACAUUGGAACUUGGAGGGUAUCUCUUCUUCCCUGCUUUUCCCAUGGAAAAUGAAAGAAUUUCGAUUGAUAGAUACGAGUGCUCGUACAUAUGGCAAAGAUACAGAGGUGCUGAAGGCGAAUUGAAAUACGGACCCCCCACUGCAGUGGGUUGGGUUGAGCGAUGUGAGGCGGUUGAUGAAUGACGUCGUUGCUGAUUCGGGCGUCGAGAUCGAUCGAGGUCGGGUAGUUACAGUAAUUUGCCAUCAGUGGAAUUAACCACUCCACUAGUAUGUUGUUCAUUUGCAUACAAACCUGGGAGGAAAGUAGUCAUUCGAUGAUCUUCCAAGUAUCAGUUAAGUCGAGGGGUCAUCCAUCCUGGUGCCAUGGAUAAGACGGCCCGGUGAAAGUCUGGGGUUCAGUU